UCAGCAAAAGCCUAGCGACUGUACACCAGUUCAAAGAAGACGAAAGCCGCCAACCCUCUCACUCCAAACACAAUAGCUAUGCUGGAGCUACAAGAACCUCUCUCAAUGCCCCCAAGCCUUUUAGUAAAAUGAGAAUAUAUGGGGCGAGCCUGAGUGCACAAUACAGAGGACAUAAGCUGGUGGGUCUAUGGGGCAUGCUAUUAGCAUGCCUUGCCUGUGUUGGUGUCGCAGGCUGUGCCUGUUACAUAAAAGAGGUAUUUUAUAGGAUGGGCGACAGAUGGAUUACUGAUAGGAUAUACCGCGCACGACGUACAUAUGUAUAUAGAGCCAUCUGACCAGACAUUCGUCCUCAUGUUCUCUAUGACGGCCUGGUCAUGUUGUCUGGCUAUCACGUGAGAUGCAGUU